AUGGGGCUGCACUUUGGAAACCUCGCUAAGGUGCGACAUAUCAUCACUUUCAGCUUGUCUCCUUUUGAGCAGAGGGCAUUCGCCAAUAUUUUUUCAAAAGGCAUUCCCAAUGUUUGGCGGAGGUUCUCGUCAAACAUUCUGACAGUAGUGCCACGUAAGUGUCAGACCCAACCCUACAGGAUGAUAUAUAUGUAUGUGUGA